AUGUGUAUGUUUAUACAAGUCUUUACAACUUAUUUCAAUACCAUAAUAUUUUGAAUGACUAUAUUAUUAUUUUUUUAUUUUAAUGUAUGAUGUAUUCUAUAUUACUAUUUUUUUUAUUCAAAAUGUAUAAAUUUAAAAUGUCAGAUUCAAUUUUCUGGUGUUCUGCAAGCAUUUCUAUCAUCAAAAACCUUAUGCUCCUUUAUGUUAUAGUGGUUUAACCAAUCAAAAUUUUUGUGAUAAUUUUCAUAUAGCGCAAUUUAUCUAAUAUUAUGAAUACAGAUCGAUACAACGAUGCGAAGAAAUAUUUUAUUGCGAACUGGUUGACUAGUCUGGCUGAUUAUAUCUAUACAGAUGCACCGAUCAUUUCCUAUUUGUUGACUUUUUUAUGA